AUGGAUGCGUUUCCAGGGGUUGUUGAGGACCAGUUCAGUAGUGAGGAGCUUCACCGACGAAAGUAUCGGGUAAAGCACGUGGGCGGUGGCAAACUAGCACUUAAAAUACUCCCCAAAAAUGGGUGCGAAAUCCCUCGAAUGCACAAUUCCUUGAUCCUCCUACAGGGCAAAUCUUCGCAAUACGGACAGGGACCAAUAAUCCUCACUUCAUAUACCAGAAGAGCACGAGAUUCCAGACAGAGACUUCCGGAAAAUGGUCCACUAUUCCUCAAAGAGCUGCUCUCCACCUCACUACUGAACUGA